AUGGAGACCAUAUCGAGGAUAUCGUCCAUGUUGGAGGCCGCCCGCGACCUCACGAUUGAAGCAGCUCAAUCCGCGGGCAGCAGUAGAAGCCUUCGUUCCACCGAAACGUCGCGGACACCCUCAUCGGCGCAAAUCAAGAAGCUGCUAGAUAGUCGCAAUGAUAGGGAUAUAUUGGACGGGCUCCGUAAGGUGAUUUCGUUGAUGUACGAGUCCGAUACGUGCCUACAAUAUUUCUCCGCCGUCGUCAAAAAUGCCGCCAGCCCCAGUAUCGAAGUCAAAAAGCUUGUCUACAUCUAUCUCCUCCACCAUGCAGAAGCCGAGCCGGAUCUCGCGUUGCUUUCGGUUAAUGCGAUUCAGAAAUCGCUCACCGACACCAAUCCGCAGGUACGGGUUAUGGCAUUGCGAACUAUGUCCGGAAUUAGAGUCCCAGUCAUCAGCCAAAUCGUUUCUCUCGCUAUCAAACGUGGCGUGGGAGACAUGAGCCCUCACGUCCGCAGAGCCGCCGCAUUGGCUAUUCCGAAAUGCUAUCGACUUGAUCCGAAUACGCUCCCGCAACUUACCGAAUGCCUCGCUACCUUGCUAGGCGAUAAUCAAUACUUUGUUGCUGGGCCCGCUGUGUCGGCAUUCUUGGAUGUAUGCCCUGAUCGACUGGAUUUGAUACACAAACAUUAUCGGAGCCUCGUGAGGAAGCUGGUGGACAUGGAUGAAUGGAGUCAGCUCGCUACGCUGAGUCUUUUGACAAUAUACGCAAGGAAAUGUUUCCCCCGAAAGACACAGACAGUGAAGAGAAAUGAGGUCAAAGGAUUCUACGAUGACGGUGGCGAUGAACCAGGUUAUGAAACCACGAAUGCCGAUGCUAUAGAGAAAGAGGUUCCAGUCAUAGAUCCUGACCUGGAGCUUUUUUUGCGUGCUUGCAAGCCUCUGCUUCAAAGUCGCACAUCUGCUAUCAUAGUCAGCGUCGUUCGCUGCUAUCUUUGUUUAGGCACAGAGGAAUAUCUCCAAAGUGCAAUUGGGCCGCUCGUGGCACUUGUUCGCUGCCCGCAGGAUAUCCAGUAUGUUGCGCUUUAUAAUAUUGUUGCCGUCGCUUUUCAGGCACCACAACUAUUUGUCCAAUAUGCAUCUCAUUUUCUCGUCCGCGCGGUGGAUCCACUACAUAUUUGGCGACUAAAACUUGAAGUGCUUACAAUACUCUUUCCCCAUCUUGGAAUGCAUUUCAGAGGCAUAAUACUCAGUGAACUGGAACACUUUUCGCAAGGGACAGAUCCCGACCUUGUUCGGGAAAGUGUACGUGCAAUUGGUCGCUGUGCACAAACUGAUUCGCAGACCUCGAGUUAUUGCUUGCGGCUUCUUUUGUCCCGAAUAUCCAGUAUCGACGAAAAUGUUGUGUCAGAGUCUCUAACAAUCAUCCGUCAUCUUAUCCAGCAGAAUCCAGAUGCCCACAAACAGACCGUGGUCCGACUAGCCAGUUACCUUGACACGACUGUUAAUUCAGGAGCCAGGGCCUCUAUUAUCUGGCUUGUGGGAGAGUAUGCCGCCGCUGAUCUGGAGAAUAAUAUCGCUCCUGAUGUGCUGCGUAUUCUUGCUAAAGGAUUUGCUGGUGAAUCCGAAGAAGUCAAGCAGCAAAUUGUACUGCUAGCUGCCAAAGUUUAUCUUCAUUAUUUACUCAGAAACCCCCCUCCUCUUCUUGAUCAAUCACAGGGACAUGCUGAGAAUGAAAACCAUGAUUUUAAUCACUCACAGGACGUUGAUAGUAACGCUUGGGCCACAGAGGCCCAAAAUGAGAACGGCGAAAGCCAGCAGACAGAUGCCGAUGACUCACGUUCAAGCAGCAAUGAACAGUCGGGAGAUGAUCGAAUCACACUUCUAUGGAAAUAUAUCCUUCUUCUCACGAGAUACGACACCUCAUAUGAUCUUCGAGACCGUGCACGAAUGUACAGAAGCCUUUUAUCCGAUCCCAAAAAUACCCAGCUAGCAAGUCUGCUCCUCUUGGCCCCGAAGUCUGUUCCGCAUGCCCCGAGUCCAUCAGAAACGCGGAAAGGCCUUCUUGUGGGCACGUCCACUCUUGUCGUUGGACCUGAUUCUGGCCCCCUGGGGCUUACAGGCUAUGAGCCCCUACCAGAUUGGGUACCCGCUGGACAAGAACCUAGCAGGGCACUGCGUGAGGACGGUCUGGCUACUGAUACAUCGGCUGAUCGAGGUGCUACAACGUUGACUGCUGGGCAGCGUCUCGAUAAAGCAUUGAAAGAACAUGAGACAAGUGGAGCUGCACGAAAGGGCGGAGCUAUUCCGCUAGCAUCAGCUGCGAGCAGCAGUCGAGGAAAGAAGACUUUGGACGAUUGGUUAGAUGAGGAGGAAGAAGAAGACGACGACGCAGAGGAGACGUCGGAAGAAGAAUCCGGUUCGACGGAGUACGAAACAGAUUCGGAAGAAGAAGAGACGGAAUCCGAUGAUGAUGAUGAUGACGACGACGACGAAGAAGAAGAAGAGGAGGAAUCGGAUUCAGAAGCUGAUCAAAGAACCGAAUUACUACAUAGAUGA